AUGGGCGACAACGAGCCGGAAGCAAAGCGAAGGAAGGCCCUCACAAGGCUGAACUCGCAGGCGUGCAUUGGAGAGAAGAAGUCGGUGUAUGAAGGCACCAACGCCGUCCCCAGGUCUGGCACUCCUGGUCGGGUGCUUCAUUUGGGCCUCACGGAUGGAGAGAUCGCCAACCGCGUCAUCGUCGUAGGGCACCACACGAGAGCGGAGCUCUUGAGUCAGUUUCUGCAGCCAGAGGACUCAGGGAGUCUCUUCAAGCUGGCCUCUGACAGAGGAUUUCUGACCUACACCGGAAAGUUUGGUGGAGAAAGGCUCUCGGUGGUGUCCAUUGGCAUGGGCUUGGCGAUGAUGGACUUCUUUCUCAGGGAGGCGCGUGCUGUGGUGGCCGGCCCCAUGGCAGUGGUGCGGCUGGGCACCUGCGGCUGUUUGCAGGAGUCGGUGAAGGUGGGGAACGUGAGCGUGGCCGAUGGCUCUGCCUUGGUCCAAAGGAACUACAGCCACUUUGACAGCUCAAGUCCAGCGCACGCGCAGCCCUAUACCAUUUCCGAGCUCUGCUUGCCCGACUCGGAGUUAAAUUCCUCAGUGGUGUCCGCCUUGCAAAAGGCCAUGGGUUCAGACAAGGUGAACGAGGGAACCAACAUCACUGCCGACUCCUUCUAUUCGUCGCAGGGUCGUUUUGACCCGUCCUUCAACGACGAGAACGACAGACUGAUCUCAGAGGUGUUGAAGAAGUAUCCCAAGGCAAUCACCAUGGAAAUGGAGACUUUUCAGCUAUUUCAUUUGGCCCGCAGCUGCUUGCCGAAGGGGAGCAUGCGUGCAGCCGCAGCAGUGGUGAAUGUAGCUAACCGCCCCACUGGCGAAGUGGUUGGCGAGGAGGCCUUGCGCUUCGCCGAAAGCGAAGGUGGUAAAGCCUUGAUGAAGGCUCUGGCAGAACUUCGACUCUGA